AUGUCGCUGCGGCGGUUUUUGCUCCUCGCCCUCCCCUUCUUCUCCGUCGUGAUCACGGACGCGGCUGAGCCCGCUGAGGAAGGAGAGCCCGUGGCGACACCACGAGUGAAUCUGUUUGGUCCGGUCCCCCGAAUCUCGUGCAUUCUUGGGGGGCGGGCUCUUGACAUAUGCGACGCACGCGACGACCUGUUUCGCUACGCCGCUCGAAGCAGCUCACAGCCUGAGUGCAAUACGCCGGCGGACGAGUGCCGUCCCGACCACGAGCACGACUGGGUUACCGGACAGAUCUGUUGCGCUUGCACUGCGCUACUUGAAAAGGGGUUGCUGGAGACUGACGCUGGGCUAUACAGCGGGACCAUGAGGUCCUUCAACAACCUCAUCAGCGGACACCAGAAGCCGCCGUGCAUCGUGCGCCCGAAGAGCGUCGGGAAUGUGACCGAGGCUGUUCGGAUCGCCAACGAGUACGGGGUGCCCAUCUCGGUUCUGGGAGGCGGCCACAGCGUCAUGAGCUCCUCCGACGUCGCCAUCCUCAUAAGCAUGAAGGAGCCCGCAAUGCAGAAGAUCGAGUUCGACCCGGCCGCACGCCGCAUCACCGUCGGGCCGGGCGUGAUGAUGGGUAUGAUCAACCAGGUGACCACCGCGGUGGGCCAGCUCUUCCCUGUGGGCGUGUACUAUGGCGUGGGUAUCGGGCUGCUCCUACAGGGCGGCCAGGGCUACCUCGCUCGUCAGUUCGGGCUCACGGUGGAUCACAUCAGGAAAGUGACCCUCGUCACCAGGGAUGGGGCGAUUCAUCACCUGUCGGACUCCUCGCAAGGUUUGGACGCGCGCCUCUGGUGGGGUGUGCGCGGCGGGGCGCCCCACCUCGGCAUCGUGACCAGCGUGACGGUCGAGACGCAGACCCUCCCGAAGAUGGACUCCUUCUUCUCGAUGGACGCCGUGGCCCUCCCCCUCCAGGACACCGUCCUUAUGCAAAAGUUCCUUGACCAAUCGGCGUCUCCCGACGAAAACCCCAACAACCAGAGCCUAAACAUGGUCGUGGGCAGGCACCGAGACAGCACCGACGCCGUGCAAACCUUCUAUGCGUCCGGAAACGGUCUAGUGAAGGUGGACUCCAGCUGCACGGCAGAAUCCAAUGGGGGCCUCGAGGUGCCAACGGAGGGUUGCUGCGCGCAGGAGGCCCGCGCAGCCUUGGAUAAGCUCCUUCAACACUAUCCGCCGGUGCCGCCGCCAUCGCCCUGCAGCCCCACAGAUGGUCGGCUCACGAAGGUCUACAAAACACCCGAUUACCUCGUCAACGCCGCAGACUUCUCGUUCCCACCUUUAAGCUUUACUGCCAACACGAGCAAUGCGAAGAAUUUCUUCAAGGCUCGUGUCGACAAGAUGGUGUUUUGGGGGAACCCGCCCCCGCCCCCUCCCAACGAUUGCAAGCCCCUGUCUACAGACUGCAACUCCUACACGGCUUUCGAAAUCCAGAGCGUCAUCAUCAAGCUGAACCACCACGAGAACAGCAUCAAGAUUGCCCAACACUUCUUCAAUGCUCUUCAGGGCCUCACGGAAGUAUUUCAAGACAACCCCAACGACCCCGGCUUUGGCGUCAUCUCCGCCAGCAUUGCGCUGCAAAACACCGGCGGCAAAGUCGAGGAGCCAAGCGACAGCAGCAUGGCGUACUUUAAUCGCAAGCAAGACUGGGGCUGCUCCAUCACGUGCGCCUACAACCAGAGCGUGGUAGACCCUUCAAAUUCUAAAGGCGCACAACAGGCGUGCGCCCGCUGGGUCGCUGCUCUAGUCAAAAACCUCGACCCAAUCGGCGUGUACAUCGUGGACGCCAAGCCCUGGGCAUGGGCGCCUUGGGACGAUCGCGAAAGCCUUCUGGUUCGCGCGUUCGGAGAUAACCUGCACGACCUUCGCGAGCUCAAGCAGCAUGUCGAUCCGAAUUGCAUGUUUGGGGGCGAUAUGCUCUGCCCGCCAUCGUCUCCGUCGCCCAGCCCGCCGCCGCCUAACCCUAAGCAACCUUAA